AAUGCGGUAGUAAUGUUUUGAAUGAUGAUGGUUAUAUGAAAUCGCAGUAGAUGUACAAAUUGUUAGAAAUCAUAAACCUACGAGCAGUGAGGACCGUUCUUCGUCUAUAACAUCAGAACAAUUGAAAUAAUAUUACAAUGGCACAUAAGCUAAAAACAUAUAUCUGUUCUCGUAUUCUGGAAGUGGUGAAUUGGAAAACCAGUCAAAACACCUUUAUGCCUUCCCUUCUUUCUCACCACAUCACACUUGGAAAAGGCCAAAAAGGCACAAACAUUGAAUUUUGCUUACCAGUAACUUCAUUACAGAAAGUGUUGAGCAGAGAUAAGGAAAUUAAUAUGUGUGAGGUGAGGAGAAUUGUCACAGAUGACAUCAUAUGUGAAGUACAUGAGGAAACAAUAAAAAAGGAUGUCAGUAUUGUUUUUGAAAUAAACAGAAAUGUGUUUAUUAAGGAAGUAUUGCAGGACAUAGUCAGUGAUCCUAUAAAGUGGAGGAAAACACUUGCUCGAAGUUUACUUCCACAUUCAGAAGAAAAGAAAGUUAUUGUGGAAUACAGCUCACCAAACAUAGCCAAACCAUUCCAUAUGGGUCACCUACGCUCAACAAUAAUAGGAAACUUUACUGCAAAUAUACUUGAGUUUCUGUCACAUAAAGUUGUUAGAAUCAAUUAUCUUGGAGACUGGGGGACACAGUUUGGGCUGCUGCAAGUGGGACUAGAUAUGUGUGACUAUUCAGAGACCAUGAUCAAACAAAAUCCUCUGCAGCUGCUGUACCAGGCUUACGUUGAAGCUAAUAAGAGAGCAGAAAUUGAUCCAAGUGUCUCUGCUAGAGCUCGAGAAGCUUUUUGUAGCUUAGAAAGAGGCAACACAGAUAAUAUGAAAAAAUGGCAGUUGUUUCGUAGUUACACUGAACAAGAACUGCAGCAUGUUUAUCAGCGAUUGGGAAUACGCUUCGAUGAAUACCGCUGGGAAUCUCAAUACAGUGGUAAACAAAUCAGCAGUAUUUUACAUUUGUUAGAAACUAGAGGUCUUCUGAAAAAUGAAAGUGACGGCAAGAAAGUGGUGGAAAUUAACGAACAGUGGCGUGUGCCAGUCAUAAAGAGCGAUGGUUCAACACUGUACCUGACACGAGAUAUUGCUGCUGCCUUGGAUCGCUAUGACCAACAUAACUUUACUGAAAUGUUAUAUGUUGUGGACAUUUCUCAGACUGACCAUUUUGCAGCACUCUUUGGGGUUCUGUCUAGUAUGCAGCUACCUUGGGCUUCUUCACUAAAACAUAUCAAGUUCGGGAGGAUCCGAGGAAUGAGUACUCGAAAAGGGUCUGUGGUUUUUCUUUCAGACAUCUUGGAUGAAAUCAGAGACAUCAUGGCAACAAAGCAACAAGAAUCACAUACUACAAAAGUACUUCUUGGUGAAAAUAAUGAGAGAACAGCUGAUAUCCUGGGUACUUCUGCAGUAAUUAUCAAUGACUUGAAGCAAAGACGCAAAAGAGACUAUGAAUUUGACUGGAACAGAGCUCUUCAGGUACAAGGUGAUACUGGAGUGAAAUUGCAGUACACACACUGUAGACUUUGUAGCCUAGAGAAAAAUUCUGGUGCAACUCUUCCUCUAGAGUGUGAUUCUAGUGUUCUUCAAGAACGUGAAGCUGUCCUCCUAGUAAAGAACAUAGCAAGAUUUAAUGAAGUGAUCAUGAAAACAUAUGAAGACCUUGAAGCUUGCAUUCUUGUGAAUUACCUUUUACAGUUCUGUAACUUGAUCAACAGUGCUUUUGAAGUCCUUCAAAUCAAGAAUGAAGAUGUGCAUAUAGGAUCACAAAGACUAUUACUGUUUCAUUCAAGCAGAAUUGUGUUAAAUCAGGGCAUGAAAAUACUUGGACUUCAGCCAUUACAACAAAUGUGAUUAGUGCAGUGCUGAUAAUAUACUGCCAUAAGUGACCAUUGGUUGAAUGUACGAUGUAUUAUAAUCUCACUAUUAUUGACUGUAAUGCAUAGUCAUCCAUAGAGAUUUCCAUGUGGGUGGUUCAUUUUACAAUAAAGCCUUCUGUUUCUUUAUUAAUACCUCCCAUCAA